CUCCUCCCUCUGUUCUCUCACGUCUCCUAAAAAGAAAACAAUUUCACCUGAUUGAAUCAGUAACCCAGUAAAUAAAUUCAUAAAAAAUCUCAAUCAAUCUCUGUGACUUGCGAGAUACAGAGAGACAAAUCGAAUCCAGGAUAGGAGAGGAAGGGAAAGGAAAUGGCGGAGGCAAGAGUAGCAGGAGGAGGAUGCUGUCCGCCGAUGGAUCUGUUCAGGUCAGAAGCGAUGCAAUUGGUGCAGCUUAUCAUCCCUAUCGAAUCUGCUCACCACACUGUCUCUUACAUCGGAGACCUCGGUCUCCUCCAAUUCAAAGAUCUCAAUGCAGAUAAGAGUCCGUUUCAGAGAACUUAUGCUGCUCAGAUCAAAAAAUUUGGAGAGAUGGCUCGAAAGCUACGGUUUUUCAUGGAACAAAUGGAGAAGGCAGGUGUUACACCUUCAACUAAACCUAUGACACAAACUGAGAUUGAUGUGGAUGACCUAGAGGUAAAACUUGGGGAAUUUGAGGCAGAGCUGGUUGAAAUGAACACAAAUAAUGAAAAAUUACUGCGCUCUUAUAAUGAGCUUGUGGAAUAUAAGCUUGUCCUCAACAAGGCUGGUGGGUUUUUCUCUUCUGCCUUUAGCAGUGCAACUGCUCAGCAAAAUGAAAUAGAAUCCCAGCAAACUGGCGAAGAAUCACUAGAUACUCCUCUAUUAGAGGACAGAGAAAUAUCAAUUGAGUCAUCAAAACAAGUAAAGUUGGGGUUUAUUACUGGCCUUGUUUCCAAAGAAAAGUCUAUGCUAUUUGAAAGAAUUAUAUUUCGUGCUACCCGGGGUAAUGUGUAUACCAGGCAGGCUGCCGUAGAGGAACCUGUCAUUGAUCCUGUUUCUGGAGAGAAGGUUGAGAAGAAUGUAUUUGCUGUCUUUUAUUCGGGAGAAAGAGCAAAGACCAAAAUACUAAAAAUUUGUGAAGCAUUUGGUGCGAAUCGUUACUCUUUCACUGAGGAUUUUGGAAAACAAGUUCAAAUGAUCUCUGAAGUUUCAGGAAGACUUGCUGAGCUGAGAACUGCUAUAGAUGCAGGAUUGCUUCAGAAGAGUAAAUUGUUGAAGACUAUUGGUGAUCAAUUUGUGCAGUGGAACACUUUGACGAGGAAGGAGAAAUCCAUCUACCACACAAUGAACAUGCUCAGCCUGGAUGUGACCAAGAAGUGUCUUGUUGCUGAGGGGUGGAGUCCUGUUUUUGCUACAAAUCUGAUCCAGGAUGCACUGCAGAGAGCUGCAUUUGAUUCCAACUCACAAGUUGGAACAAUUUUCCAGGUUCUACAUACAUCAGAGUCACCACCUACAUACUUCCACACAAACAAGUUUACUUCUGCUUUUCAAGAUAUUGUUGAUGCGUAUGGGGUGGCUAAGUAUCAAGAAGCAAAUCCAGGCGUGUACACUAUUGUUACAUUCCCUUUUCUUUUUGCUGUCAUGUUUGGUGAUUGGGGGCAUGGAAUUUGUUUGUUGCUCGCAGCAUUAGUCUUCAUAAUCAGGGAAAAGAAACUUUCUGGCCAGAAACUUGGAGAUAUCACUGAAAUGACCUUUGGUGGUCGUUAUGUUAUCCUGAUGAUGGCACUCUUUUCAAUUUACACUGGUAUUAUAUAUAACGAAUUCUUCUCGGUCCCCUUUGAACUAUUUGCUCCAUCAGCAUAUGCAUGCCGCGAUCUCUCUUGCAGGGAUGCUACCACAGUUGGUUUGAUAAAAGCGCGCCCCACUUACCCAUUUGGUGUAGAUCCUGUAUGGCAUGGCAGCCGCAGUGAGCUGCCUUUUCUCAACUCUCUGAAGAUGAAAAUGUCAAUCCUUCUUGGGGUUGCUCAAAUGAACCUUGGAAUCAUAUUGAGUUAUUUCAAUGCAGCAUACUUUAGAAACAGCCUGAAUGUCUGGUUCCAAUUUAUCCCCCAAAUUAUAUUUUUAAACAGCUUGUUUGGCUAUUUGUCACUCCUUAUCAUUCUGAAGUGGUGCACUGGUUCUCAAGCUGACUUAUACCAUGUGAUGAUAUACAUGUUCCUGAGUCCAACAGACGAGUUGGGAGAAAAUCAGCUUUUUCCUCGGCAAAAAACUGUACAGCUUGUGCUAUUGCUAUUGGCCCUUGUUUCGGUACCAUGGAUGCUACUCCCAAAGCCUUUCCUUUUAAAGAUGCAACACCAAGCUAUGCAAGGUGAAUCAUACAUGCCACUUCAGAGCACUGAGGAGUCUCUUCAAUUGGAGGCGAACCAUGAUUCACAUGGUCAUGAGGAAUUUGAAUUCAGUGAAGUUUUUGUACAUCAGAUGAUACAUACCAUUGAGUUUGUACUGGGAGCAGUCUCAAACACAGCUUCGUAUCUUCGAUUAUGGGCCCUCAGUCUUGCGCACUCGGAGUUGUCUAGUGUAUUCUACGAGAAGGUCCUUCUCCUUGCGUGGGGGUACAACAAUAUUAUCAUCCUUGCUGUUGGUGCUAUCGUCUUUAUUUUCGUAACUGUUGGUGUAUUGCUGGUGAUGGAAACUCUGAGUGCCUUCUUACAUGCCUUGCGUCUUCACUGGGUGGAAUUCCAAAAUAAAUUCUACGAGGGAGAUGGUUACAAGUUUUAUCCCUUUUCAUUUGCAUCAGUAAAUGAUGAGGUAGAAUGACACACCGAUUUACAAUCAUAGCUGCUGCCAAAAACGGAAGUCAUUGUGUAUGGGCAUGGAUUUGUUUGCUUGUUUUUCAUUGGGAACAUGAUGAGACGUGAUUGGUAUGUAUGUAUCUUGCAGGGAGUUUGAGGAAGCUUCUGUUUUCGGACCUUUGCUUAUCUUGUCCAAUCCUUUAUUUGUUAUUUAAAGGACGAGGCAGCUUCCUAGAGGGGAAGUGGUCUUCUGUAUGUGAUGGGCAGCUAUGGCCAAGUGUAAUAAUAAGUUUUUUUUGAUUUAUUUAAACUUUUUUUGUUGUUAAUAUGUGGAAAGCUAGGAUCUAUAGUUGUGUGCGGAAAACAAGACUUUAUCCGCUUGUAUUUAAUGUAACGUCUGGAUUUUACAGCCACUUUUUAUUUAUUU